CUUCAAGUUAUUCAUAGAAAUAAUUUUAUACAUCGAGAUAUUCAUAGUGGAAAUAUUUUAUUGUCACAACAUUGGCAAAUUGGAGAAUUAGGAUUAUCACAACCUGCAGAUAAUACUUUAUCAAAUAAUGAAAUAUAUAGAGUAAUACCUUAUAUCGCGCCAGAAAUAUUUAAAGGUGCAGCAUUUUCAAAAGAAUCUGAUAUAUAUAGUUUUGGUAUUGUCAUGUGGGAACUUACGACAGGCUGUAAACCUUUUAUUAAUGUUGAACAUGAUGUUAAUCUUAUUUAUGAAAUU